GUCCACAGUUUUCUAAAAACAAAGUUUAACGUCGCCACGGAGCGUCUUUUCAGUCGUUUAGCUUUAUGCUAAAUCAAUUUAGUUAUACAUUUAUUUUAUAAUUUCCGACCGUACUCGCAGCGACAAACAGACUCGAUUCCUUUAAAAAGUAAAUAAGGCGGUGAUGUUAGCUAAUGUUCAAAUUUACGUUUUUUACAUGAAGUCUUGGUUUUAAAAUCGCUGCUAAGUUUCUGGAGAGGCUGAUUUUAAAUGGAUGAACACAAGGAAAACAUUCAUGGCAACGACGUGAAUGUGAAGAUGACAGACACACAAGAUGAUGAGAAGGCAAAGCCCUGCAGCCGAAUAUGCCCCGAGGGAGAAACGGCUCCUCAGACGUCCCAGUCGGACAGUGACUUCAGUCAUCCGGUUUACAAAGAGAUCGCUUUAGCCAACGGACACAUCAACCGCAUGUCCAAGGACGAGCUGCGGAUCAAGUUAGCAGAGCUGAAACUCGACACCAGAGGAGUGAAGGACGUGAUGAAGAAGAGAUUAAAGAACCACUACAAGAAGCAGAAGCUAAUGCAGUCUGCGGCCGAGGGGGGUCCCACUGACACCUACUACGAUUAUAUCUGUGUGGUGGACUUCGAGGCGACGUGUGAAGAGGAUAAUCCCUCAGACUUCCUCCAUGAGAUCAUCGAGUUCCCCAUGGUUCUCAUCAACACGCACACCUUACAGAUUGUGGACACGUUUCAGGAAUACGUGAAACCCGAGCUGAACCCGCAGCUCUCAGACUUCUGCGUGACGUUAACAGGAAUCGCACAGAAAAUGGUGGAUGAAGCAGAUUCGUUUCCAGAUGUCCUCCGGCGAGUCGUGGCCUGGCUUCAGGAGAGGGAACUCGGAACGAAAUACAAAUACGCCAUUCUGACCGACGGGUCGUGGGACAUGAGCAAGUUCCUCAACAUCCAGUGUCGUCUCAGCCGGAUCAAAUAUCCUCAGUUUGCUAAGAAGUGGAUAAACAUACGGAAGUCUUACUGCAACUUCUACAAGGUGCCGCGCACGCAGACGAAGCUGAGCACCAUGCUGGAGAAGCUGGGGAUGAAGUACGAAGGCCGUCCUCACUGCGGCCUGGACGAUUCUCGCAACAUCGGCAGGAUAGCGAUGCGCAUGCUGCAGGACGGGUGCCAGCUGCGCGUCAACGAGCGACUGCACGGCGGCCAGCUGCUCUCCGUUCCCAGCUCGGCCCCGAUGGAAGGAGCGCCGGCGCCUCGUAACCCCUGCAGCAGAGACUAGAGCCAGAAAAUGAACUCGCCAGCCUUAAAAUCGGUCUUCGCUUCGUCCCCAUCGACUGCAGAGAGAAAAGCACUUUAACCGGAGCUUCAAGCUGUAAAAGGGGUCGUUUUUAGAUUUCACUCGGUGCAAAUUAUUUUUCUUCCCAAUUUAAAAAAAUACAGCUAAUUCCCACGAUU